AUGGCAGAAAACGAGACCCCAAAGUACCGUCUAAAAGUGACAGCCGGGCCCAGCUACGAUCCCUCCACACAUCAACUCGUCCCAGUCAAUGAGGACCAAACCCUACGAAUCGAAAACGAGCACGCAAUCACGAGUCUCUGCGUCCGCAUCCAAGACUACACAGGAUAUCCGGACCACUCCCCAAGAACAAGCCCUUACUUCAACCAUCCCCUCCACCAGUCGGACCAAUAUUCCAUCUCCUUCGCCAUCGUCUUCAAACACCCCGUCAACGCCAACUCCCUCCUCUUCGGCAACGACUUCGACCGUCCCAUUCGCGACCGCUUGCCGCCCGGCUUCAACGCCGCUCUUCGCCUCGUCAAAUGGACAAUCGAUCCGUCCCUGGACGGCGAUGCGUACGCCGACAAACCGUACCUGUAUAGCCCGGCCGUGGCUUCGUGGAACCAGCUCUGUAUCGGGGAAAGGGUUAGAAAGGACGACGAGGUGCCGGGGAUGCAUGAGCGAGUCGUUGAAGAAGGGGGCGAGGGGUCCGGACUGGAGGUCAGAAAGCAAAUGGGAGUUCCGACGAGUGUGAACGAACGGAGAAAGUAUUUUCAGUCGGAAGAGGCGAGGACGGGGUUCGAGUUUGAAGAAGGAAGGGUUUACUGGGUGGAUUUUGGGAACCCCUACUUAGGGUUUAAUGUCGAAGUUGCUGAUUUGGUCGUGGUAGAUUUCUCACUUCACCUUCCGGGCAUUACUAUCAAUGUUCUUCCUUAUAUCAAUGAGGAUAAUCAUUCGCUGCGGUAUGUGUUGAAGCAUCGGGAUACCGAUGAGGUUUACCUUGUCGUGCUCUUUACGCUUGUUUUGCAGGGAACGGACGAGGAACCGUUGCAUAAGGAGGAGGCGGAGAGAAUGAGGAGGGAGAGUAAGCAGCAGCAUGAGAAGAAUGACGGGAAAUUGGGCAGGUUUGAAUGGGAGCCAGAGCCGUCGGCGGAUGAUGUGGAGUAA